AUGUUUGGUGCAUCCUACGUGUGGCUGGUACCCGGUUACUUCUCUGCAGGUUGGCAGUAUGUACCCGCAGAGGAAGUGAGUUGCUCACCUGAGGAGCUGCUGGAGGCCAGUGAAGGUUACGUCACCGUUACAUUCAGCAUGUUUAGUAUCAGCGAAGAGUUUGGCCGGUGUGGAAUGACACCAGCAGAGUUUCGGCGGGAAAUGGGGGAACUUCUGGGGACGAAUAUUUCAGUGAGUGAUCCUGGAUUUUCUGCUGUGAGUUAUGACGGUGUGUGGGCUCUCGCGUUGGGAAUGCACGACGUACAACACGAAAUAGCAGGCGGGUUGGCUAAUUACACCUACGGUGAUGAAACGUAUGCUAAGAAGGUCGGCAGGAGUAUACUCAACCAGAAAUUCGCCGGGAUGUCGGGUUCCAUCCGCUUUAAUCCUGCUGGACACAUCGUUGGAAACCUACUCAUAGAACAAAAUAUCGGAGGUAAAGAGGAACUGAUUGCAACAUAUGAUACUAUUGCACAUGAGAUCACGUGGUCUGUUUCACGGGAUUCAUUGUGGUAUUACAGCGGAGGUAAGCCUCCAUACGAUUCAGACAUAAGAGAAACUGUGACUAUACUCCAGACCACACCCAUCGCUAUCAUGGUGGUUCUGUCGGUGUUUUCCUGCAUGGGUCUUAUUCUUGCCUCAGUGUUCCUAGGAUUCAACAUCUGGAAGCGUAAAAACAAACAGAUAAAGAUGUCGAGCCCUAAACUGAACAAUUUGAUUGCUUGUGGUAUGAUGGUUGCGUACGUGUGUGUCAUACUCAUUGGAAUUGAUGGAGGUAUGGUUCAUAAGGAAUCGCUCGUUAUUGUCUGCAGGGCUCGUUCAUGGCUGAUCGCUUUGGCAUUUACCUUUGCCUUUGGCGGAAUGUUCACCAAGAUGUGGCGAGUAUACAGCAUCGUCAUCACAAACAAAACUAAAAAGAAGGUGAUAAGAGACCGUUCUCUAUUUGCAAUAAUAUGCGUGAUGUUACUUGUGGAUGUUACAAUCCUUCUACCUUGGUUGAUAAUUGAUCCAAUAAACGUCAAGGAAGAAAGACUCGCACUUCAUCAGACAGCUGAAGAUAUUUCACACCGGCAGAUACGAGAGAUGUUAAACAUCGUAUGUACAUCGGAAAACAACACCAUAUGGAUUAUGGCUAUGCUUAUCUACAAAGCAUUUGUGGUCGUCUUCGGGGCUUUCCUCUCUUGGUCAACAAGGAACAUUAAAAUGGAAGGAUUGAACGACAGUUAUUACGUUGGGUUGUCUAUCUACAACACCGUCAUAUGCUGCGUGGUUGUAGUCCCAUUAUCCUUCCUCAGUGUGGCAUCGGUAGGCGUGACCUUUGCCCUCGUUUCUGGCUUCCUCCUGCUGUGCAUAACGACAUCUCUAUGCAUGAUCUUCAUUCCAAAGGUAAUUGCCGUCUAUCGCAAAAACCAGGUCUCAGAAAACACCUUUACGGGAAUUAAGCUUGGUUCUGUGAUUCCAACACCUACGGCCAUUGGCAGAGAGAUACCUACAACAAGUGCACAAGUUGUAUCUGGUUGUGCAGCGGACGCAACACCAUCUCAAUAAACUCCGUAAACAUUCGAGUCUGACACAAACAGACAAGCUUCUUCUUUGUUUUAAUUCUCAUUUAAUGUACAUUUCAAAUAUCACAAUAAUGUGGAAAGACCCGCUACUAUCUGUGCGUUGGUUUAAGACUCUCCUGGAUUUGUCACAAGAGGGCGCGCUAUCACCCCGACGCGCUAUCAACCACGAACCGCUAUCACCCAGAGAACCGCUAUCACAGGAUAGUAAUAGCAGAUAUCGGGGCUCUGAGCUAGGCACAUGAAACACGGAGGCACGUCAUUCACUAAAUCAAAGUCCUCUCUCGAAACACCACAUAGUCCUCAAUGUCAUAGUUGAAUCUCUGACAAUUAGAUGUACAGUAAUUCCCUAGCGAUCAAGAAUGUGCACAAUCACAUAUAUAGGGAUCACUUAGCAAGAAGGCUAGACAACACAUGUACCAAGAGACCCGCACAUAAGCAACCAAGCCAGGCCAGAUAGCAAGGCCAUGGCAACAAACUAGAGAUAAAACAACCAUCAUUUUGUUUUAUACAUGUAUUUUUUUUUAGAGAUAUUAUUUUAUUUAUUUAGAGAUAAAACAACCAUGCACAAAAACGUUGAACAGACUUGUCUGUAUUAUUAUAAUUGUUAUUAUUAACUGCCCAUUGCAGCACACCUGUUGAAUUACAAAACAGUUCACAUUAAAAUAAAAAGAUAUAAUUUAAUAGUUUGUUUUUAAUGGAAAAUGAUGGAGGGCACUAUCUACAAGGGAUGAUUACACAUGAGCACAGAAAUUAGAACAGACUUGUUCAUGUAUUAUAAUGGAUUGUUAAAAAUUGACCGCCCAUUGCGGCAUACCUGCUGAAUUACAAAACAAUUUACGUUAAAAUAAAUAGUGGUUUUUUUAAUGUAAAACUAUGGAGGAGGGCAUCAUAAUUAGGGAUGAAUACAGUCAGACGAUGACAAUCAUUAUACAAAAACUUUGUUGGAAUAUGAUUUAUGAAUGAUUAUUCUAUCUAGCCUGCUCGUCGCUAAACUAUACUUUCUGCGAAUGGUGGAUAGGCAUGCAUGCAUGCCUCGAUUACAGCCCACAUGUUCUUUCAAAUACCUUCAAGAUUUAAAGGCACUGGACAUCUUUAGUAAAAAUGUCAAUACCAUAUCAUUUGGUAUUUCUAAACAAAAAUGCAUUGAAACAACAAACUUCUGAAUUUUUUUACUCAGUUGG